AUGAUCACCUCUUUUAAGGUUGUUCAAGGUCGUUGAAACAACGGCGGGCGACUUUGAAAGGAUUUGACGUUUUUACUCUGACAUCCACUGACUAGUGUAUUUCAACUCAAACGUUCAUCUAACUUGCUGACCAGAUACAUAUAAAUCAUACUGAACUGGUUAUCACCAUCAAACAACUCCUACAAAUGAAUUUUUUAACAUACAUAUUUGUCUACUUGUUUCAGUAUAUUUCUCGAUUAGUAACAGGGAGGUGUGAACUAAGUCGCAUAAUUGCUGAUUGUCCGAAAGGAGCACCCAGAACUGUCAGAAUAGAAAACUCGCUGAGGAAUUCAAAAAAUAAAUCUAUUCAAAAUGGAUUGCUUUUGGGAAAAUGUACAGAUGCUAAGUCACAUGUGCAGCUUGUCAUUAGUGCUAAGCGUAUCGAUCUAAAAGAUCAACCAAAUUUUCCUACCGAUUAUUUGUACUGCAUCAGUCAAAUCAACUCUUAUCGGGAACUAAUAAAUACAUUGGAUGCCUUGAAGUGUACUGCGUUUAAUUCAGAUGAUCACUAUCACUUCGAAUUACUUUCAAGGUUAUGGAUUUGUCUUGAUUCUCAAAACGAAUUGUCAUCCCAUAAUGGAGAGAAGUGGACUCUUCUUGGAUUUCAGACGGAGAAUCCCGAGACGGAUUUCCGCGGAAUGGGUAUACUGUCUCUUGAAAAUCUUGUGUACUUCGCAGAAUCACACACAAAAUUAGCGCGAAGUAUGUUAUCGGCAUCACAUCAUCCUAACAAAUGGUAUCCAUUUGCUGUAACUGGUAUCCACUUGACGAAGUUGUCGUACAACUUAGUGCUGAAGGGUUAUCUAAAAUAUCAAUUCUAUAAUAUGUCUUCAUCAGCCAGCAUACAAGACUUCAACGAGUUUUACUGUAGGUGCUACCAUUUUAGUUUUCGUAAUUUCCCUACAUUUAUUUGUUUAUUUAUUUGAACACAUAAAUA